AACAGAAUAAUUAAUAAUUAAAGAUGUGUAUAUAUAGUUAUACACAUGUAGAUACUUAUAUGUGCAUAUAUGUAUAGAUACACAGAUGCUCUCCUUCCCCAAAAAACGUAAAUAAAAUUUUUUAAAAUUGUUUUCUUUAAUAUAUUUCCAACCCUAAAAGUGUUAUGACCCUAUUUUUUUCAAUUUUGCAACACUAUCGAUCUCAAAUUGGUCACAUCAUUCAGGUAAUUAGAUUAUUUUUAUUCAUAUUACAUCAAAACUUUAAUACUUAGCUUUACUAUUUUAGCUUUUUAUCCUUCAUAGUUAUGCGACAGGAAGGGUGUGUAAAGGUGUCAGUUUGGUGCUACUACCACAGUAGUACAUUUGCAAUAAUUUCUCCGCAUUUGUCUGAUUGUGUUAGAUAAGUACUGAGCGUUUUCUCUUUCCUUAAGCAGAAUAAGUCUAUUAGACUUAAGCCUGCUUCUACAAGUGUAACAGGAAUUUUCCCCGUCUGUCAUUUAGGCAAAGUGGAUUUAAGUUUCUUAUGUUCCCUGAUGAUUAUUUCCUGGUAAUCUGACUCUAAACUAAACGUAAGGAAGGUAUUUUAAUUAUUAAAGCCUUUUAGGCGCACGUUGUGUGUACUUGUUGCCUAGAGACGGUCGCCACGGAUAACAAAGCCCGGAAAAACCAGCUCAGUUCUGAGGUUCCAGAAUUCCGCAGAAAUAUGAUGUCUUCACUAAAUGCAAAGCCUGGCCUGCACCGCAGUGUGUCAGAGUGGACCAGCAACAAUCAGCAGCUGUCUGUCACAGCUCAACACGAACGACAUAUUUCGAAUGUCAUCAGACAGGAAGGGAGGACACUACGCAACGAGACUAACUUUAAGACACACUGGGAUGAGACCGAUACGUGUCGUAGGCUGAGUGACCGUGUUUGGGAUGUUGCUCGGUGGAAGGAAGUGUUGGAAACUUGUGCUCAGAAAGUGGAUGAAGAGAUGGAGACUCUGACACUGUCCAAAGAGCAAACCGAGCAAGCUUUGGCUGCCACUGCUGUUCCUCUGGAGGUCACCACUGAAUGCCUGACACUGAGGGAGGGACGGAAAGGACACGAGCUGGUCACGGACCCCGUGGACGAACAGCUGAAGAAAGAGGUGGAGCUGAUUGAAAGAGUGCAGCAAGUUCUGCAGCAGCACACUAGCAGGGCCUUUGAGCAGCUAUGCAUUCUGCAGGAGGUGCGGCACCAGCUGACUGCUGAUCUCCAGAACAAGAUGGAUGCCCUGGAUAUUGACAUGUCCUGUCUGUCACUUACGAUAAAAUCGCCCCACAUCUCCCUAAAGACCAACCCGACACGCAUACCAUCAGGUUCCUCCACCCCCCAGGAGUGGGUCCAGUUCAGCCAGCAUAAUGUGGCUCGUGCCCAUGAGGCGAUGCAGGUUUCCCAGCAAAUAAGGGAGGAUAUGAACCUCACCCGAGCACAGCUGCAGAAUGAGUUGGAGACUCAACGCAGAGCUACAGAUUUUGCUCUCCGCAAACGUAAUCACCACGAAGAGCAAGCCCGACAUGAGCUGGAGUGGCAAAUAAAAACUACUGAGGGGGAAAUAGCGGAAAUGGAAAGUGACAUCCACGGGCUGGAUGCAGAUCUGCAGGCAAAGACAGCCAACCUGAAGCUGGCUCACACCAGACUGGAGACCAGGACCAACAGGCCUAACAUGGACCUGUGCAGAGAUGAGGUGCAGCACGGCCUCGUUAAUGAAGUCCAGCAACUGGAGGCCACGAUCGCGGCUCUGAAGCAGAAGCUCUCUGAAGCUCAGCACUCUCUGCAGAAAAUGAAGCUGCAUCACUCCCGCAUGCUGCAGGAUCUUUCCAGAAAACAGGAAGCUCUGUCUCUGGAACAACGAAGCAUGAACACCCGCGCUCGCCUCACAUCAACCUCCAGCACCGACAAUAAAAACGCGGCGCUCGUGGUCCCGCUGGCAAACUCCAGUGGGAGGAGCAACCUGAAGCUGCUGGCUCAGUGAGAAGAUGGUCUGAAUGUUUUUGAGGGAAAAAAAUCUAAUAGGUAUUUUAAGUUUAAUUUGUUUAACCCUGCGGUCAUAAAUGGGCACAGUUCCCUUCACAAAGUAGUCCCGAAGAAAAAAAACAAACUUACUCCAGCUGGAACUUUUCUUGUAAAAUUAUUCUCCUGACCUCUUUUUUGUGUGGUUAAUUUGCAUUUUUGUGUAUCAUAAUCCAGCUAGAAAUGAUUGAAUUAUCAUCUCUAUAUUGUGGAUUAAACACUCUUUUGGGUAAAAUAAAGAUUCACUCUUCAAACUGUAUCCGCCAUCAUAUAAUUAUCCAAAAUUCACACGUGAAAGUGCACGUGUUCAUGUCUGUUUGGUUCUUUUAUGCUUUAAUGGCUUUGUUUAGUUUUGCCACACUGUUUGAUCAACUGACGCUGCUGGCAGCUUAAAAGCUGCAAUAAUGAGGGGAACUUUGACUCUGAUAAAAUAACCUGGUAAACAGCCUGCCUAAAAUAAUAAACCUCACCCGGCGCUGUAGUAAAGUCUU